GGAAGGACCUCGCUGCAAAUGGUGGCUUGCGUAAAGCGGCAAAACUAGAUCAUUUCCUCCGACCCCCCGCUCCGCUCGUCUGCCGCCGCCCACACACCAAACCCUAACCCUACCGCCGCCGCCGCCAUGGCCGACCCGCGGAUGUUCCCAUCGGGAUCAAACGGCCCGGAAGACCACGCCCCCGGCCGCCGGAAGUACAACCCCUACCAGGACCUCAACAUGCCCUACAACUACAAGAACCUCUACGACCUCCCCACCUCGCCGGAGUUCCUCUUCGAGGAGGAGUCCGCGGUGCAGCGCCGAUCCUGGGGCGAGAACCUCACUUACUACACGGGCAUCGGGUACCUCUCUGGCGCCGUGGGCGGCGCCGCCCUCGGCCUCCGCGACGCCGCCGCGGGCGCGGAGCCCGGGGAGACCGCCAAGAUCCGCGCCAACCGCUUGCUCAACGCCUGCGGCAGCUCCGGCCGCCGUUACGGCAACAGGCUCGGGGUCAUCGGGCUGAUGUACGCCGGGAUGGAGAGCGGCAUGGUCGCGGCACGCGACCAAGACGACUGGAUCAACAGCGUCGCCGCAGGGCUCGGCACCGGCGCGCUCUUCCGCGCCGCUAACGGGCCGCGGUCUGCCGCCGUCGCGGGCGCUGUCGGCGGGGUCCUUGCUGCCGCCGCCUUGGCCGGGAAGCAGCUUGCGAAGCGAUACGUACAGGCAAUAUGAAUCUCUUCCUGUUCUCUCAGAUCAAUUGAUCAAAUCAAUCAGUCGCCAAGAAUGGAUUAUUUUUGCGUUUGUCGUUCUCCAGUUUAGCUGCUCCAUUAGAGAAUGCAUAAUAUCUAUGCUGUGUUAGUCACAUGUAUACGAUCGGAAUGGAUGAUUUUGGCUUUGUUACAUUGUCGGAUGCCAGCAUGAUGUUAUACAUUUUUCGGGUGUUGCUGAGCAAUAAGAGUCUAUUUGAUAUUUUGCAGCGAUUACAGUAGUGAAACAUGUACUGCAGUAUUUAGUAAGAAUGUUCUUCAGUUUGAA